CAGUACAGGGAUCCAAACCCAUGACCUUGGUGUCACAAGGCUGGUUUCUAUCUAACUGAGCUAACCAGACAGCCCAUGGCACUAGCAAGAUUGAAGGAUACUGCAUAAUGGUCUUGCCUUCAUAUUGUGCAUGAGGAGGCAUACCUGCCCCUGGCAGUGGCAAGACAAACACAGUGAAUAGUAGGGAGCAGAGACUGAGUGAACGCCGGUGUAGCACAGAGGUUAAGUGCUCCAGAGUUGCAAUCUAGUAGUCUGGUUUUGAAACUUGACUCCUCUAAUUAUGGGCUAUGUGAUCUGAAGCAAUUCACCUACCCCUCUGAGCCUCAGCUUCUUCCCACAGGAAAUUAAGAUCAUAAUAUCUUCCCUAUGUAAAGCCUUAGCAAAGUAUUCCAUUAUUGUCAGCUAUCAUUAUUAGGCCCAGGGGGUGCAUCAGAAGAAAACAAAAACAAAAACAAAAAAACCCACUAAAUCUAAGCAUUUGUUCUCUACAAUGUUUUCCAUGCUAGCUAAAACCUGGAAACAGCCUACCCAAUAAUUAAGGAAGAGCCAAAGCGAUUUCCCUAUUUGAUAAAAUAUGCUACAGCUGUUAAAACAUUUUAACAAUGAAGACAAUUUAGCAAUAUAGAAAAGAACUGGGUGAUUCUGAAAGAUAGAAGAAACAAAAGACAUUGUCAUUGGGCAGUGCAGUUGGAGAGUCAAAUAUACUUAACAACGUGAGGUAUCACAGGAUUAACAUUAAAUAAGUAGUAUGGACUAGAAGCGAUUUAUAAAUUCGGGUAUGACACGGUGGCCUGGAUAGGUCAAGAAAGAGUUAUGCAGCAGGUAGGAAUUGAGCUGGGCCUGAAAAAAUGGAUAGAAUUUGUAUCCAGUUUGGAAGAAAGGCCUUUUGACAUAGCAAGCACAAAAGGAAGCUGCACUACGGGGAAGGAGGAAUACUCAGAGAACAGCUAGGAGACUCGACUGGCUCAAGCAGAGGUUACAUGCCAGGACAAAGUCAUAAACGGGGGUCAUACUCAGGGAGAACCCUGAAUGCCAGGCUGAGGUGUCUGAACUGUAUGCUCUAAGCCUUCUGAACAGAGAGAAGGCAACAUGUGAAGAAAACCUGGAAACAUGGGACACUGCUGAAAAGAGAUGGGGGUCUGAGAUUUGAGUGUGAGAACUGGAAGCAAAAAUAUUUCUGAUACAAGAAAUAUUUAGAAUGUUACACCAUUUUGUUCUCCUAACUCACAUGGCUUUCCCCCCUUCCCAUCAGUUUUCCAAGUUAUUCUCUUUCUGUACUGCUAUGGGCUACCAAUUUCUGCUAACCUAGAGCUCUCACCAGUUCCUCCCAUCUCCUUAACAGGUGCCUGAUCACAUCUCCACGCCUUACCUCCUGGCCAGGCAGUGUAGAAGGAAGUAUUUUCUGGGAAACAAUAUGACCAGGACCCAGAAGGGAAAGAACUUCCUCUCCCAUCGUUUUCAUCAGUCACUCCCUACUCGGCUGGAAUGGGGCAUGAUAUUCUGCUACUCAAAACCGAAAGUCAGUGAGGUAUGUGCCUCCAUCUCCAGUGUGCUUCCAGUUCUCCCCUUCAGCCUGCAGCGCUGUGUACACCUCAAGAGCCAAUAUCUGCAGAAGGCCGCUGCCAACCUUACCUUCUCUCAGGAGGUGGUGUUGCAGCGAGGGCUUCCCAGCAUUCCAUAUAGCCAGUACAGCUUUGACCACCUCUACAACACGGACAACAUCAUCCAGCCUCCCCAGAUCAGGAAGGCUCAACCCGAGAAACCUGUCAGCUUCAAGCUCUUGGGUUCCUCAGGUCCCUCAGCAGGGGACACCUCCCACGCUCUGAAAACAGAAAGCUCUGCCAGUCCUGAAAAGAAACUGAAGAAAUCAAAGCCAAAAAGCACAGUCCAGGAAACACCUCAUCACCUCACUCAUCGUCCCUGCAGUGAUCCAGAUAUACUGGGUCUGACAACUUCUCCAGCUGUGAACCUGGAAGAAAGGGAGACCUGGCUUCCACCUCCUGAGAAGGAGGCCAGAGCCUGGGAGGCCAUUGUGUUGGAAAAGCUGAACAAGCGCACAGCCCGAUGGAUCCAGAACAAGCAUCCUCUAAGGUCUGGAGUUUCCCCCAGCAAGUGGCAGAACUUCUUGCGCCAGCAAUACGACUGGAGCCACAUCCGGGAUGAGCUAACCUCUGCCAGCGACCUGGAGCUCCUGAAACAGCUGGAGGUGGAAGAGACAGAAGAGUUUGAGGAUCAAAGAGUCAUUCUGCACCCCCAGGAAAAAAAGAAGCCAGAGCUGCUGCUUCCUGCUUACUACAGAUUGUCCAGUUACUUCCCACAAGUACAGACAGCUGAAACUAUUCCUGGUAACAAUAAGAUUGUUGAGGAUAUCAAUGAAAAGAGGAGCAUCCACCAGCCCCAAGAACAGAACUACUUUCUGCAAGUGAAUCCUCGAGCUGGACUGUUUGCUUACUCCACAGACAACACCUUUGAACAGGAGAUUUAUUUUGAUGAAGUCCAGAUCAUCCACCGGAUUGGUGCAAAAAGAGACCAGAUUUUCCUGGGAAACCUCAAUCGGUAUAACAAGCAGUUAUCUAAGGUCUUCCCUGAAACUCCAGAAAAGUGGAGUUCCCAGCCAGUUCCUGAAGCAUCUUGUAGGCCCGUGAAAGGAGCCCGGCGCUGGACUGCUUUGCCCACCCCGGCCAAGGAUCUCCUGCUGCAGGUGGGUGAGGAGGAUGUACCCAUUAAGACCAGGAGAUCAAAGAAGCAAGCAAAAUCACUGGAGGAGGAUGUGACUUGGGAAGUGGUGGCCCUGCGGAGGAUGCUACAGGAGUGGAAGACUGCCUGGUCUCUAAACAUCGAAUGGCACCAUGAGACAGUGGAGAGUCUGCUGAGGAGCCUGACAGACAUGCAUGACGACAUUCGGAUCCAAGCCAUCAUCACAUGUGCCACAGCUGCUUUGGAAUGGCCCCGGAUUGCCACCAGCCAGAAGGACUCAGACCAAUCUAUCCAGGACCUGCCAGAGGCUCUACAGCCCACCCUGGAGGCUGCUCUUUGUGACAAGAAUGCCAAUGUGCAGAUGGCAGCAGCACUAUGCCAAUAUGCCAUACAGUCACAUAAUCCCCUUGCCCGGGACAUCAUGCAGACUGCCCUUCUGAAGGGUGAUAGUGUGGACAGUUGGGCUGCAGCUCAGUGCUUGGCUCUGGAAGGUGUUGCCACUUACCCCGUGAUUCAGAGGAUCCUUCAUCAGCUGUUUAACAAGAAGAAUGAAGAAACUGAGGACCAAUCUUGUAUCCUCCUGAGUCAUCUCAGUGGAAAGACAACCUUGAUACAUACCAUGCUUGCUGUGGAGCUGAAUAGCCAUCAGUGGAAGGACCGGAUUGUGGCCUGCUGGGCUUUCUCCCGGAUCAAUGGAAAUGUCUGCUUGGAUAUGAAACAUAAGUUGAUCCAUCUGAUGUGGAAUGACUGGAAUAAGGAAGUGAGGCAAGCAGCUGCCCAAGCACUGGGGCAAAUGAACCUUGGGAAAGAGGUACAUGACACAAUCAGAGUCAAGCUGGGUCAAGGAAAUUCCCAAGAACGUGUGGAAGCCCUCUCCCUGAUAGGUGGACUCAAGCUCAUGACCGCCAAGCUUCUCCCAAGCUUCCUGCAUUGCUUCUCUGAUGACUUUGCAGCAGUUCGGCAGGCAGCCUGUUUGGCAGCCGGUGCCCUACAGAUCCGCAACGAGAUGGUGCUUGAAUGCCUCCUGAAUCUGAUGCAGAGAGAUCCUUACUGGAAAAUCAAGGCCUUUGCCAUUCGAGCUUUGGGACAGAUUGGGCAAGUGAGUCCCCAGCUGACAGAUCUCCUGCUCUGGGCUAUCCAUUAUGAAGAGUCACCAGGUGUACGACUGGAAGCUUGCCGUAGUAUCCUAGCCCUCAAACUUCAAGGGGACCAGGUCAGGGACACCUUCCUAGAUGUGCUGCUCCUGGAGAAGCAUGAUGCUGUUCUAACGGAAAUUUACCAGGCAAUGAAGAUACUCAACUUAGAAAAUGAAGGAAACCAAGAAAUGCUUCAGGAAAUCAAGAACAGGAUUGAAACACUAAGCCAAAAGGACUUGCUGACACAAAAAAUACUCAAGUUCGAGAUGGUCAUGAGAAAAUUGAGGGAGGAAGCAAAACAUGUUUAUUCACAACCCAAAGAGGGGAAAAAGUUAUUGGAAUUCCAGACUCUUCUCCAAGAAACUUUUAAGGAUGAGGUGGUUCUUCCCAAAAGAUGGUCUGAGGUUUACGACAUUGAAGCAGUCAUAAAGCCUCUGAAGCCACGCACACCAAAUCCCUGGUUACGAAGUCCAGUCCUAGACCUAAACAAACCAAGCAGAGGUUAUUCAUCACUUGUGAAAGAUCUACGCACUGCCCGGGAAAAAAGGAUUCAUAUGGGACCAUUUGGAUCUGACAAUCCACCUCUCUAGCUGGGUAAAUACUCAGAGAGAAGAUUUUUUUCAAGCAUCAUGUUUUCUUUCUCUGGAAGGAAAGGUGCUCAUCUCUAG